UUCUACAAAAACCUGCUUAAUUUCUGUAGUAAUCUUAUUGCUGUAUCCCUACUAAAUUCUAUAAGCAUUCCUUAAAGCUAGUCCCAUUUCCCUGUCCAAAUCUCAACUCCAGUAAUUAUGUCCUUCGUACUCCGUCUUUGUAAUGUACAGCACUGUUGGGCUACUUUGUUUUUAAAUUACAUUAUGCAGUGUAAAGAUCCAAUCCUGCUCCCAUUGAAGUGAGAAACAAAACUCCAUUUAUCUUCAAUGCGGCAGGAGCCUCUCUCUCUUAGGAGUAGAAUCCGCUGUUGCUUAGAGAGUGUUUGCAUCCAUUGACGAUCACCAUGGAGACAGCAAACAAUGGAGAUUCCAAGGCAGGGGAGUUCCACACAUUAACUAGUUUGCCCUGCACACAACCAGAGAGAAGCAUAGAUCCCGUUCUGCCUGAUCUCUGCUGCAUGAACACAGAACCACCAUUCACCUCCCAGAAGGGGAAAGGCAGAGGAACCAUUGAUACUACAGGAGUGGACGGGAAAGGGUACUGCUGAGACUAAAGAAGCAUGCUUACGUCUCAGAGGGAUGUGCAGGAAUGGUACCUUCCCAGCUGGAAAAUAAAACCAGAGUAUUCCACGAAAGUGCUCAUUGGAAACUGGUUGGAAGAGAGGAAAAGGUUUAUAAAAGACACUGGGAAACCCAGCAACAGCAUCUAUGGGACUGACUUUAUUCGCUUCCCUGACCACAGAAUAGAUCAAACAGUGAGGAGAACCAUUAUGAAGAAACUUGAUGGCCUGCCAAAGCAGCAUCUGUUUACGCAACAUGAAGAACCGAGCAACCGCAAUUUAGUAACUCAGUACGAUGAUCAUUACAACAGACAUGGCUACAAUCCUGUGUUGCCUCCGCUCCGCAGAUGGAAUGGACAAAAGCUAGCCUGGCUCCCGGAGAAAUCAGAUUUCCCCAUUUUCGAACCACCCACCAACUAUGGCCUUUUUGAGCAACUAAUGAAAAAAUGGACCCACCAAGAGGCUGGAGUGAUGAACAGUGUCUACACUGUUUCUUAUGAGAUGCCGCCUGUUUCUGCUUUUGCCGUUCGCCGACGUCCGGUCACAAAUUACCACCGGUCCCCCCGCGAUGGGCAGCAUCUUCCCCACAACCUCAGUGCAAGUCUGGAAUGUGACGGCGCACCAAAAUGCCUUCAAGCUCCUGGGUAGCCGGUCAGAGACACGACCGCCAUUGGCGCCACACUGUAGAGUGCUUAUUGCAAUACUAUAACUGCUAUUCAAAUACAACAUCUUGCCCAAACACUAAGACUAUUCUGGUUCAUGUGCUAUUGGCAGAAAUAAGAAUUAGGCUAUACAGAUGGAGUGGUGUCUACUGGUUGGAGCAGAGCACUGGAAUGUAGGGUGACUGCGUUACAUUCCCAGCUCUGCCUUUGACCAGUGGCAACUCCUCAGGGUGGAUUUUGUUUCCCUCACUUGAAUCAGACAUCUGCAUGAUCUUUAUGUGUUGCUGUGAAUGGCUCUGAGUUCACCUUUGUGCAUCAGCUUUGCCUUCUCACUGACAAAAGUCACCAUCACCCACUGCCUCUACUGAGCAAGUGACCGUAUUCAAUUUAGGGGUGGGCCUUCUGUGCCUCUCCCUUGUGGAAAGAAGCAGUAGGAUAUAUAUUCCAUAUAUAGGGAGAGUACCCUAUAUACACCUCUACCCAGAUAUAACACGACCCGAUAUAACAUGAAUUCGGAUAUAAUGCGGU